AGACAGACAAGCGUCCUGUUGACUUCACUAUUCCUUCUUCCCUUCUUCUCCUGCAUGCUGCUGCUGCUCUUCUCUCCCUCUGCCUGCUCCCAUCUUCUGGCUCCCUGCUGCCGCUGUAAGUGACGUGGAAGGAUGAUAGUGUGUCGUCGUGCCAGCCUUGUUUUGAAGAAGAAGAAGGAAAAGAAGGAGAGCUUACGGACAAGGUGAGGAAGGCGAGGAGGUGGACUUUGAAGACGAAGACGAAGGCGUAGAAGAAGCGUGGAGUGGGUUGAAUUUCGUAGGAAGAAGCAAGCCUUUGUGGGUUAUGUUGUUUGGCUGUUGAGGUGGACGAGAGAGAGAGUGAUUGUUGCUGGAGAAGUAUUGUGGGAGGUGAGUAGACGAGGAGGAAAGAGGACAGGAACAGAGACUAAGCGAGGGGAAUGGGGGAGGGAGAUGGAGAGACCGAUUUCAUAGCAGCAUCAGCGAUUCCUGGUCCACGCAUUUACAGCUGCUGUAAUUGCCGAUGCCAUGUGGCGGAUCACGACGAGAUUAUCUCCAAGUGCUUUCAGGGAAGAAACGGGAGGGCUUACUUAUUCACGAAUGUCGUGAAUGUGACUCUUGGGGCAAAAGAAGAUCGGGAACUAUUGACAGGCCUGCAUACAGUGGCUGACAUCUGUUGCUUUCAAUGCCAAGAAGUUCUGGGAUGGAAAUAUGAAAAAGCGUUUGAAGAGUCUCAGAAGUACAAGGAAGGGAAGUAUAUCCUUGAGAAAGCCAAAGUCAUGAAAGAGAACUGGUGAGAAAUCAAUUUACUGUUGUACAUAUGUGGGUUCAGACGGUUGUUCAAGCGUGCUCUGUAAUUUGGAUAGUUGUCCAGUCGCACAAAUAAGCAGGUCAGUGGAUUCCAAUGGUUGUAGAGGUGUAGUAUAUUUACUAGUACUAUGAUGGUGUUGACGUCUAACAACGGCGUCCUGUAAUGCGUGAUCCGAGUUUUGAGCACGCUGUAAGGUGUAAACUCAGGUGGUUGACAUUCAUGUCUGCACAUUGUUGCAAUGCUACGCAAUUGUGGCCCAACUUUUUCAAGGCAUUAAAUCUUCGCAUGAAAGCUUGCUUGCGAAACGAUGA